GGAAAUCAACUCAAGAAGAUGAAACCUAAUAAAGGAAAGACCUGCACUAGGGAGAGAGACUAUGUGUACAAAUUCAAUGCUGGAAAUCAACAUUUAAUGCUUACCGUGCCUCUUGAAUUCCCUGUGCAAGAGAAUAUUAGUCAUCUGCAUGGACGUCUAAUGCUUCUGCACAAUCUGCCAUGCUUUAUAGAAAACGACCUGAAGCAAUCUCUUAAUAAGUUCAUAGAAGAGGAAACUAUAAAAGAUUAUGAUAGAGAAGCUGAAAUGGCUCUGGAAGCAGUGAAAUCAGGAAAAGUAGACAUAAACCAGCUGGCAGAUACUUGGGCUAAAUCUUAUAAAGAGACAACAUUAGAAUAUGCAAAACCUGAAGAAACCAGCUGGGAUGAAGAUUUUGCAGAUGUUUAUCAUGAUCUGAUACAUUCUCCAGCUUCUGAAAUGCUGUUAAAUCUGGAACACAAUUAUUUUGUUAGUAUCUCAGAAUUAAUAAGUGAAAGAGAUGUGGAACUGAAAAAACUACGGGAAAG